UUGUGUAAUGGCUCGCAACAAAAACAAAUCUAUUAGCUCGAAGAUAUGAUAUCACGAUGAAGCCUCAUUUAAGGCAAUAAUUUAAAUUCAGCCCGAAAUCGCCAAUGUUCCGGAGUAGCAUCUAUAUAAAGGCCACAUAUUCGGAUUUAGCAAAGAACCAAGUUGAGCAGCAAAAUGCAUCUAAAAAUCUCCAUAACAUUCGUCUGUUGCGUCUGGUUCGCCGGCGCACUCAAAAUUGACUGCGAUAAGACCGAUACCAUAAACGAGGAUCACAUCCAUCACUGCUGCAAGCAUCCCGACGGGCACAAUGAUAUCAUUGCCAGCUGCGCCAAUGAGACGGGCUUCAAGGUGCCCAAUCCGAAGGAGCAGGCAAUUGUGGAUCUGACUGCAGGUCGCGCCAUUGCCGGCACCUGCUUCGCCAAGUGCGUCUUCGAAAAGCUGAACAUCAUGAAGGACGACAAUCUGGACAUGGAUGCAGUGCGCAAGUAUUUGAACGACAAGUACAGCGAUGAUCCGGAGUAUGUUAAGGAAAUGAUAAGCGCCUUUGAUCAUUGCCAUGGCAAAACUGAGGAGAAUACUGCCAAGUUCAUGUCGAAUCAUAUAUUCGUGCAGAUGUCUCAGCAUUUCUGCGCGCCCAAGUCCAGCGUGAUCAUGGCCUGUGUCAUACGACAAUUCUUCCACAAUUGUCCCGCCGAUCGUUGGUCCAAGUCCGCGGAGUGCGAGAACGUAUUGGCCUUUAGUCAGAACUGUCGCGAUUCCUUGGCCACUUUGUAAAGAGUUGAACUAUGAAACAAUAAAGAAGAUAUAUUACAUAUAUCCAUCUGAUCUGA